GCACGGUGCUAGUGAGAGGGGUCUGUGUACACGAAACGUCAAAAUUCAGGUUCUGCUAGAGAUCCUUUUGCUGCCCUGCGGCGAUACGGAUUCGUGCACCACGCUGCUCCCUGCAGCCUUCUUGCCUAGGUACUCUUCAUCACUAUGAGCUUGUUUCAUACAGGGACCAUAGCCCACUUGGUCAGUGGCUGUUAGAUCUUCCCUCUGAAGACAAACUGAGUUGGUUACUUCCUGCCACUAUGGGUUGGGGCUGGUGACUGUGUUUGCCCACCACAUCUAAGUUAAUGGUGUGCCAGGGACAGAUGUGAAGCAGGUCUUUAGCUCCAUAUUGAUGUGGUAUCUUAACGCAUCGCAACGCCUUGAGCCCACAGCAGCGCAGGAUAUGGAGGCUCUCGAAGUGGAUGACAUUAGCCCUGCCUUGGAAGUGACUGAGGACUUUUUCAAUAGUUUUGAUGCUAAGCUUGAAAAGAUUGUGCAGCCCUCUGAGGUGUAUGGUGUGCAGGAGGUCCCUGAACUCGUUGGCCAUGAGGUAUUUGAUCAGAUAGCAGAGAGCAGGAACCUGAGGAACGUCGCCUCCUUAGCCAAAAAUAGCCUCAUCUGGGAUCACUGCAAAAAUGGCCUCUUGGAAACCAAAGCUCAGACGGCAUUCCCUGCCAAAGACCAACUCAUGGUGCAGAGGGGAACGGCUGCUGACAGCCUUGCUUGGGCAGGGGAAGGGGAGACCACGGCUUUUAAUAUCUUCAGGAUCUGCCAGCGGCGGAGAGAUAGGCCUCGCUCAGUGAAUGACAUCCUGGUGCAGAAUGAGGAAGCCUCCAUGUUCAAACCAGGUCACAACAGGUCACGCUCUGAUAUCAGCCAUGUAAACUGGAGAGUGGUCUUCACAGGCACCUCCCUGCAGCAGCCACCUGCCCCUGGUCAGGACAGUAACUGUGCUCUGCUUUCCUACCUGGCAUUAACUAAGGGAGAGGAUAUCCAAGGAAACACAGAACACAAGACAGUGUUCCCAAAUCUUCUGAAGAAGGGAUACUUGGAAGUUAGAAGAGACAAUGACAGCUACUGGCAAACCUGCUAUGCUGAGCUCUCCCAGUACAAACUGUACCUGUAUUGCUUGGACAGCAGUGGCAACCAGACUCUUCCCACCGUGUAUCCACUCAUGCGUUUUCAGAGGGUCACUGUUACUGGUGGCAUUGAAACCAAGGUGGUGGACACUGUCCUGUCAGACAGCUCACAGCUACAGCUGAAGGCAGAGUCCUCAUGGGAGACUUUGGAUUGGGGACAGAAGCUUUGGGAAGCGGUGCGUGCUUCUGUGCCUGCUUUUACAAGACAGCAGGAGAAGCUGGAGAAUGUGCCAAAGCCUGAAAAUAACAGUGACCUUUCUCAAACUAAUGGAUUAUUAGAGAAGCCUAUGGAGGUCUUCCUGUCCAUGAAUUUGACUGAAAACACUAAAGAGUACCAAAAUAUUCUGAAAUCAGGGACUCUUUACAGGUUAACUGUCCAGAAUAACUGGAAGGCAUUUACUUUUGUCUUGAACAGGUCUUAUCUCAUGGCAUUCCAACCCGGUAGGCUUGAUGAAGAUCCCCUGCUGAGCUACAAUGUGGAUGUGUGCCUGUCGGUCCAGACAGAUACACAGGAUGGCUGUGACUCUUGCUUUCAGGUCAUUUUUCCCCAAGAUGUGCUGCGGCUGCGCGCAGAGACCCGUCAGAGGGCCCAGGAGUGGAUGGAGGCACUGAAAGCAGCAGCCAAUGCUACUCGUAGUUUAACUCAAAACCCACAGGUCACGCUUAGGAACAAACCUGCAGACCGGCCCUUUGGAAAUGAUCUCAGAAAGGCCAAGCGCCAGUCUGUGACCACCAGCUUCCUGAGCAUCCUGACCACACUGUCCCUGGAGAGAGGGCUCACAGUUCAGAGCUUCAAGUGUGCAGGCUGUCAGCGCUCCAUAGGUUUGUCCAAUGGGAAAGCCAAGGUGUGCAGCUACAGUGGAUGGUACUACUGCAGCACCUGCCACGUGGAUGACACCUUCCUUAUCCCUGCACGGCUGGUUCAUAACUGGGACACUUCCAAAUACAAGGUAUCAAAGCAAGCCAAAGAGUUCCUGGAAUAUGUUUAUGAGGAGCCAUUAAUUGAUAUCCAGCAGGAAAAUCCCAUGUUGUACAAUCAUGUUGAACCUCUGGCAACCGUUGUCCGCCUGAGACAGCAGCUAAAAUCUCUGCGGGCCUACUUGUUCAGCUGCAGAGCAGCAGUGGCUGAAGAUCUGCGUAGAAGGAUCUUUCCCAGAGAGUAUCUUCUUCAGCAAAUCCAUCUUUAUUCUCUGGCUGACCUUCAGCAGGUUAUUGAAGGAAAGCUGGCUCCUUUCUUGGGAAAGGUGAUCAAGUUUGCCACCUCUCAUGUGUACAGCUGCAGCCUUUGUAGCCAAAAGGGUUUCAUCUGUGAGAUUUGCAACAAUGGAGAAAUUCUUUACCCCUUUGAGGACAUUUCUACAAGCAGGUGUGAAAGCUGUGGUGCUGUCUUCCACUCUGAGUGCAAAGUGAAGGCUGUACCAUGCCCCAGGUGUGUGCGUAAAGAGUUGCAGAAGAAGCAGAAAUCCUUCUGGAGGCAACUGAAUAUGGAUGAGAACUUCGAAGAGUCUUGCAACAUGUUUGAAUUGUCAUAUCAGAACACAUGAGGUCCUUUAAGGCAGUGUCUAGCCUGAAGAGAAUCCCUCUCCCAGCUGCCAGCUCAAGCAAAUUCUUGGCUUAGACAGGCAGAAAUUUCUUUGAAAAAUAUUACCUGACCUUCUUCAUUUGUGAAUAAGAGCUGUCAAAGUGGCCAUAAAGCCUUUUGUUGGCUUUGAAAUACCAGUGGCUAAACUGCAUUGAAGUCCAGCCGUUAGGUCUCAUACAAAACGUGGUUUACGAGAAAUGCUUUAGGUCUGGAUAAUUAAGUACCUGACUUUCUUUUCCAUCUCUGGAGAAGACUUUAUCUCAAGGCAGAAAAUAUUUGCUGCCAUGAUUGCAUUAUUUUUUAUGUUGUUCAUUUAGAAUUGAUGAAUCAUCUACUUAUUUAUGUGUAUUAUUUAUUUAUUAGUGGCCUUGGCAGGGGCUCUGGUGAGGUGUUUCACAGAACCUAAUAGAGCAGGAAUUAUUUUAAAUCCACUGUCUCCUCCUGAUAUGGACAUGUGGUUCCAUUUCCUCAUGUUUUCACAGAACUAUCUUAGAGGAUCAGUGCAUUUACAUUUUAAAGGAUCUCCUUGCCAAGGAAAGAAGAGGAUCUCCCAUUAAACCUUAUUCGGGAUGCUUACAAAGAUAAGGUGCAGAAUAAUUCCUUCAGUUAUGUUUAUAUAUUUAUAAUGACCCCAGUGAACUACUCCAUAUUCAGAAAAGCAUGGGACUUGCUGCUCUUUUUGUUCAGGCUGGGAAUAUCAGUUAAGCUCUGUCACUGAAGUCCUUUGAGAUUUGUGCUGGUUACUCUUGAUUUAUGGGAGGCUAUGUCCUUGUCUGUAGUAACUUGGUAUUGCUUCUCCUCCUUCCAAUCUGAAACUUUAGGGCAUUUUAAGUCUUCACAUUUUUAUUUAUUUUCUUUUUAUUUCAUGAAGUUUACUUCAAAUGUUUUUCUGAUCUGAACCUGUUAAACUGAUAGUCAGGAAAGUGGUCUUGCCCAUUGCAGUUAGCAAAUACCUCCAAAAUUGUGAAACACUAGUUUGCCCUUUUCAUAUGCAACUUGUAUCCUGCAUUCUCUCUGAGCUCCAAGGCAUUUAUAGUUCUGUAAUGACUUCCGUGGUGGACAGUGAAGUUCCUUGAGGUAUGAUUCUGCUCCACACACCUGAAACAUAGGGAAGUAUUAAACACAGUAAAUUAUUUUGUAAAGGGAAGUACAUGAUGGAUUUAACUGGGGAGAUGUGUGUCAUUACUAGCAGUAUGUUGAAUUUAUGGCGAGUUCACCUCCAAUGAGCAGUUAGAUUGUCUUCCCCCUAUUUCACAUUCCUGACUCUUUUCCACACCCUGCAGUGAUAUGUGUAUUACAUACCUAUGGAAGCAUUAUCUUUAUAUAUUUAUAUAUGUGUGUGUAUAUAUAUAUACACACACACACACACACGCACACAUCUAUAUACAGAGAGCAAAUAUGGUUUCAGGAGAAUAAUGCCAGUUGCAUGUAUAUUUUCCUCUCAUCUCACAUAGGUUUGUGAAAAUAUGGAAUACUGAUUUUUGCUUCCUAUAUAAUCUACAGACUGUUGUGUUCAAGGCAGAAAGCAGUUUUGAUUGUUGAAGCAUCUCACUAUUGCUGAAGUAUGUUAAAUAAAAGAACAGGGUACAUCAUACUUAGAUUAAAAGGUAAAAUGCUACAAUGAGUUGUCUUGUACUGGAAUAUAAGUGGUUACCUUUUCCAGCCUCUAGUUAAAGAAAAAGUAGCUUUCUCAAAUUUGAAUGCAACUAGUAUAUGUAUAGAAGCACGUUUAUAUCUGUAUACAUUAGACAACCAGUGCCUUUCUUUUCCAGAAAUCCGUCUUUCAUUGGGAUUCUUUAGAAGGAAGUGAGGGUUUUUCCAUGUUCUUGGCAAAGUGCUGUAGGGAUUCCCAUACUUAAUAAACCUGGUGAAUCAUGCACCUUUGUCACUAAAAUUAAUACUUCCCAUACACAAUGGUGUCUCUGUCUCAGCUCACUGUUCCUUAUGUGAAAUGAGUUGCUUUUGGCUAUCACCCUUAAAGGUAUAAUGUUCCUUGCAAAUCCAUUCCCAUGCAAAGAACUCCCUGUGUGUUCAGAAGUGCAAACACUGGGGAAGUACUGUGGAAUUAGUCAGGCAAACAGGAACUGCACUGGUACUGGCUGAAUAAACAGAACGCUCCCAUGUUUUUCAGCUUGUGUCACUACAAUUACUCCUGUGGCAAAGCCAGUAGCUCUGAAACUGUCAGCAUCUGGCAGGUACUAUUUUGAAUUACCUGUAGACAUAAUGUAAGUUCAUUAAAGAAAAAAAUGGUGGUGUUUUUCAUAUCAUCAUGCUCUGGUAUUUAUGAUACCUCACAGUGCUGGUUCAUGUCCAGCUCAGUUUAGAGAAGGCUGCUAAAGUGCAUGUCAAAAACCAUACGGAGUCAAGGAAUCAAGGUUCAGACAUUUCAAAAUAUUAGCUACUUUCACGUAUGUCCUAUCUCCAAAGUACCAGUCAUGGGUGGUCAGAUAUUGGAAUUGAAUUCUGGAAUAACAACUUAGAUAGCAUUGGAGUUGCUCUGGGUUUGUAUAGGUAUUACAGAACAGUUUGUUUGUUAACAGAGAUUUAAAGGAUAUAAAGAGUAUGAUGUUGGCAAAACUUCUGAAAUUAGCCAUGGGUCUGAAACCACUGCCAUUACCAAUAACAUAGAGCAAGAGCAUGUUUUGAUAUUCUGUCAGUGCCCAGAGCUUUAUGUAAAAGGAUACUGUAAAAUACAGAUCAUGUUAUUUGCUUUAAAAUCCAGUAGUGUUGUAAACCAGCUAGUUCCUAAAAUGAAUAGACUUCCAUUUCUACUUUGGAAAAGUGAUACAGCUUCACAGUAGCUCUAGGAGCAGGCUGUAAUGUGGAAGAUGAUGUCCUCUCAGGGAUGCCUAGCUCCUAUCCAAAAAUAGUUAUUCCUUAUGAAUGGGCAAGAUAAAGUAUUCUGUCACCGAUUUUUGUAAGCAUAAUGAAAGGCUUAAUCCAGCCUCAGCCUGGGGCUCUGCAUGUGGUUUGGGUUUCAGACAGCGCUGUACCCUUGCCUGGUUGUCUCUGCUGUACUAACAGUGCUCCGUGCUGAUCCCCACUGCUACUCUCUGCCCAUUCUGCAGCCCUCAGCCUGCACGUGGCUCUGCCUGCAGAUUUCUGAAUGAGCUGGUAAAAGUUCCUGGGUGUUUUACAGAUUGCACGACUCUGCCCGCACCCUCCCCGCCACCCAGGUGAAAUUAUGUAUUAGUGCUUCAGUCUUGUCCUGCCCACGCAUGAAAGAAAUUUGAACGAUGCCAUUUCAUUGUGAAUCAAGAAUAAAAUAUGCUGUUUGUUUUCUUCAAAGAGAAGAUGCUUUCAUAGAUGACUGGGAAGGAAUUGAUCUGUAAUCCAGUUACUGCUUUUGCUUUGUACAGAACUUGUUAUCAGUGUAAAAAUAGGAUGCUUAACUGCAGCGGACCAUGGCUUCACUCUCUACAGGUACUUAUAGUUAGUUGUUAGUCUGAUAUUAUUUUAAUCUAGGACACUAUUGAGAUCCUUACUCAAGGCUCUUUUCCCCUUUACCCUAACCAUCUACCUUUCCUAUAAUGGGAAGAUGGGUCUACCUAGGGGAUGCAAAAUGCAGCUCAUUUUGUAUUGUCAAUCUAUGAAAAGAGAGAUUAGUAUUUCUUGUGUAGGAAUCCUCCUAUUGUUUUUUUUUUUCUUCUUUUUUUUUU